GGACAGCGGAAGUUUUGUCGUGAAGGCCGUCGGGCGAAAGCAUGUUAUAUGUUGUAGCACUUCAUAACCACUAUUGGGAUUGAAUUUUCUGACCUCUCAAGGAACAGUUUAGCGUCACUUUUUCAUAAGAUCACUAGAAAUAGUCUUCUUAUCGUUACUCUACAACUCAUAGUGAAGGGCGAUGGCAGAAGUAGUAGAACGCAAUUUGGAAGAUUCCGUUGGCGAGAUUCUGUAUAUUCGAAAAGCGAAACUAUUUGACAGAUUGGAGACCAAUGAAAUAGUUCGUAAACGAAGACACCAUGAAUACAGCCUUCAGAAGCGUAACAAACGGAUUUUAGACUAUGACGCCUACAUUAGCACUGAAAUAACGAUAAUGAAAUUGUUACGCUUUCGUCGCCAGAUUACAAACGAUAGCAGAUAUCUCGACAAGAUUGAGAAGUCAAUUAUUAGUCGUCUAGUACGCUUGCAUCGGCAAUUGUGUUACAGGUUCCAGUCUCAUCUUGACCUUUGGAUGAGAUUUAUUCAUUUUUGUAAAAUUAUUAACCGGCAUUUGUCUGUUGUACGUAUAUGGAAUAAUGUACUUCAGAUACAUGGUCGCACAGAACCAAGGCUUUGGAUUGCUGCAGCCGCAUACCAUUUACAUCAUGGUGUUAGAUCGAAAGCUCGUGAAAAUCUACGACAUUUUGACAGACAAAAAGGUGAUUUGGUAAAGACGCGGAAAAGAUUACUGAGUGAAUAUAUGAUAUUGGAUCGUCACGCAUCAGAAGCACAAAAGAAAGAAAUAAACGAGCUUAUGAAAGAGUUAAAAGAAAAUCAAGCUUCCUUAGAUAAAGCAGCUAAAGAAAUGGUCAGAGAACGUCGUCUUACUUGGGACAGAGCUCAUCUGAAUGCCAUUCGGGAAGCUCGUCAUUUGAUAACUGAAGGAAUCUCUUUAAAUCCUGAGUGUGAUCUAUUACAUUUGGAAUUAGCCAAGUUAGAGAUCAAUGCUUUUGAUUUUUUCCGCACUCGUGUCCUCCCACGAUAUGAAAACUGUGGUGUUGAUUCGGCCAACACAUCUGCAGAUAUCAACCUGAAUGGAUGUAAUAAAAAGAAGAAACUAAAAACAUUAGAAAGAGAGGCAGCGGAAAACAAGAAAUUCAUGAAUUUAGUAACUGAAAAUGCAGAAUUUAUUGCUAACGGAGGAGCUGUCAAUUUAGUGAUAGAAUCGCUACUAUCUCGUUGGGUUAAUAAUAGUAAAAUGCUUGAACUACUUCAUCAAAUCUUGUCAACUGUUCCGCAAAUAAUCGACUCACAUUUAAUUGAGAAAGUGGCUAACUUUGUAAACAAUGCCAAGGAAGUAGAUAUUUCUAAGUCUUUGGAAAAAGUUGAGGCCCCAUUAGAAUGUAGAACUCAUGGAAUUCGAUCAACACUUUCUGAUCAGUUGGUCGAAAUUCACCAAACCAUGCUGGAUAAAGGUGUGGAAGCUGUUAUACACUUAUGGAAUUCCUGGUAUUUACCUUCGACGGGUCAUUCUUUACAAACCUCGCCUUUCAGAUUAAUCAAUCCGUCAUCUCCUGAAGCUGUUGGUUUACUACGAUCUCGUUUAACUGCACUUUCUCUUUACUCUGUGUAUGAAUUAAACGAUCAGUCAUUGCCAAAAUCAACUAUAACAUCAAACGAAAUGGGCACAAAUGAACAGGAAACUAAAUUGCACAAUGUUUAUCACCAGAAACGCCAAUUUUUGUCCUCUGAAGUUAAUAAAACUCGAGGCUUGUUUGAUUUACUGAGUACUUCACAGUGGGGUAGUCACUGUCCAGAUUCCUUCGAGUCAUCGAACAUGCAAAUAUGAUAAACCGCAUGUUGGCUAACCUUAAUGAGAGGUUCGCACAUCAGUCUGGAUGACAGAAUUUGGUCAAGUUUUGGGAUUAAAAACAAUGAUGUUAAUUAAAACUAAAGAGGCGUACUGCGAUAUGCAUAUGUCAGUCCUACAAAUGGUUAUUCUCUGUCCAAAUAGCUCUGUGGCAACAUUUUUAACUGUGACAUACGUUUGAGUUUUAGAGGGGACAUCUCUCUCAAGAUUGCAAACAUGCCUAUUUAGUACGAGUGCCAACAAAGAUGAAAUCUGUCUAUGGUUUAUGGUGAUUGCUUUCAAACAUCUGACAUCAAAAUGCUAAUAAAGAUCUUUUCUCUGUUCUAUUGUUACUGUACAGAAUUCUGGUUAUUAUAUUUACACUUUGAAAAGACAAUUGGAGAUAUCACACAAAUGCCAGCUGUGCAAUGGAGAGCUCAAAAGACUCUGCUCACUGAAUACUUUGAUAAAUUCAUAUUAAUGUUAAAUAAAGAACAAUAAUAAACAUUGCUGACAUGAUAUGUAUCACAUAUAUUUUGUUUAAUAAUUAAAAUAUAUUUAAGGAAGCCUUUUGUAAUUUAACUUAUGUAUUUAUAUUUGUAAAGAAUUUUAAUUUUGUUGGACUAUAGAUUGGUUUGUUUAACUUUACCUAUAUUAUUCCUUUCGAA